CCGCUUUUGGCUCUCAUUCACGCGCUUCCUCUCAUUUCCAAGCCAGGUGCGUUGCAAAGCAAGAAAACCUCUGAGAAAAAAACAUAACACUUUACGACUCCUCGACGACUGCGGAAGUUUGCAUUACCUCGUUGUAGGAUUGUUUGCAUAUUGCUGGUUUUACGUUUACCAAGACGAUUCUGAAAAAGAGAAUAUCUGGACUAGGUGAACGAUUUAUCAAACCGGGAAACAUUUUGGCUACUGGAUUUUUAUUGGUGCCGUUUCCAGACACUCUCACCAGCACUUAAGAAGUGGCAUGAUCUGUGUCCGGCUGCUAGACAGGUGAAUAUUUGUCCUUGGUUGGUUCUAGAACUUUUCUCCUCGUUAUCUUAAUUGAGGGAUACAAGUGCACUCUUAAAAUGUCAAAGCCCGUAGAUCAUAUCAAGAGACCCAUGAAUGCGUUCAUGGUUUGGUCCCGGGGACAGAGAAGAAAAAUGGCACAGGAGAAUCCCAAAAUGCAUAACUCAGAAAUCAGCAAAAGACUUGGCGCGGAAUGGAAACUGCUCUCAGAAUCUGAAAAGCGACCGUACAUCGACGAGGCGAAAAGGUUGCGAGCGCAGCACAUGAAAGAGCACCCAGACUACAAGUACAGACCCAGGCGCAAACCCAAGAAUUUACUCAAAAAGGACAGGUACGUUUUCCCUUUGCCUUACCUUGGGGACACGGAUCACUUGAAAGGACUCCCUGUGUCAGCCGCGGACUCUCUUUUGAGUUCAGCAGAGAAAGCCAGGGCUUUCCUGCCACCGACAUCUGCACCGUACUCGUUUCUUGACCCGAGCCAGUUUACAUCCAGCGCGAUUCAGAAAAUGACCGAGAUGCCCCAUGCGCUGGCCGCGAGCACUUUGCCGUACGCCUCCUCUUUGGGAUAUCAGAACGGUGCGUUCGGCAGUUUGGGCUGUCCCAGCCAACAUACCCACACCCACCCGUCGCCCACAAACCCGGGCUAUGUGGUGCCCUGUAACUGUACCGCCUGGUCAGCGUCGAGUUUACAGCCCCCGGUUGCCUACAUACUUUUUCCAGGUAUGACCAAGACUGGCAUAGACCCAUAUUCAUCAGCACAUGCCACUGCUAUGUAACGCGACUUUUCUUUAAAAACCUAACUUGAAUACAGCAAUGCAUGUAUAUACGGACAAAACGCUCCAAAAAAGACAUGAAAAGUGUUAAUUGCCUUGGACAUAAGAGCAAAACUGGCAAGAACUUUUCACGCGACGUUCCUGACCUCAGCAUGGAGCUCGGACUAGAUGUGAAGGCAGGUGCCCUUUGAACUGUAAGAAUUGUAAAUGUUAUAACGUUUAUGGCAACCAGAAAAGGAGGCCUUUAACUUUAUUUAUUAUGUACAUUUCAAUGCUAUGAUAAUUUUGUUUUGAAUUAUUGAUACCAUUUUAUUUUCAAAUUUGGCUUGCACAAUUUACGAUUAGCGUUCUUGUUUCCUGUAUAGGCCUGAUGUUUUGCAGUUUGGCAUUGGGGAUUGUCAAAUGGAUAGGGUCAGAACCAGGACUCGGAGUUGAAUAAAUAUACGGGUUGUAUUGCUUA